UGUUUAGUAAGCGGACGCAAACGGCGCAAGACGCACGCGGCCAUGCCGCCAUAAUAAAAACAAAAACUAUGUAUAAAAGAUAACCUCGCGCUCUAAGUAAAUAAAUAAACGUGAAGACAGAUAAAGUACACGUACACUAUUUCAAAAAGAGAAUGAGUGAAUUUGCGCGGGAAUUAAAUACGCCAUUUUGUGUUUGGAUACAGUUUCUUCUUUUUUAAUCGCCAGUGAUUUCGACCAGUGCGCCGGUACAAAAGGUCUUUUAUUGUUACAAGUUCUGUAUAAAUCGAACAUCGAAGUUAAAAUUCAACAAUUAUAACUUACUUUAGAAUAUUUUGUGGUUUGCCUACAAUAGCUACCGACAUAAUUCAAUUGCGCAAAAUGUAAGUGUAAAAGUGUAAUAGGAACAAGCAUAAGAACAAACACAACACUAAAACAGUUGUUGAUAGUGCAAAACGAUUAAAAAAUUAAAAAACAAUGACUGAAAAAGAGAAAAGAAUGGAAAAAAUAAAACUCCGUCUGCAAAGACUACAAGAGAAACUACAUGACAAAGUCGAAGAUUUCCAAGAUCAAGUUCAAACUAAGAUAGAAAAGGAAAAGUCAAAGCUGUCUAAAUUCGUGUCCCAUUUAUCUGAAGACAAAAGCUCUGUUGAAGACCAAAACGAGGAUGCAUCUGAUAAAGAAUCUAUAACAGAGACUGUCAAAAAAGAAGAGAAAUCAAACAGUAUACCUUCAGUAGUAAUCGAUGAGCUGGUGACGGAUGUAGCUGUAGAUGUGACGCAAGAUCCCAAGGAGAUAUGCAAAGACUUCAUCAAGAUUGAAAAGAACGGAGUCCUGUUUCAAAGAAGAUGUUUGUCGGCUACGAACUUAGCGUAUAAUGAUAGUACAGAUGCAGGCAGUUCUUCUGACUCGUGUUUCUCUUGCAUGUCUUCAAGUGAUGAAAGAAAUUCAGAGUUCCGUCCUCGGUCGGGCAGCUUACCCCCAGGUCCACAAUUGGAUCUUCUAACUUCGUCUGCGUCGGUAUUCAGCACCUGCACAGAUCUCGUGGAACGAAUAGGCAACAGGUUCCCCAGACUCAAGAGUAAGAGUGAUAGAAUACAGAGGUACCUGCUAAAGAAUACAAGACUAAGUGACGUGAACAAACGACUUAAGGCUCAAAUUUGGAGUUCUGUGGUGACGAUAGUUCUGGUGGAAGCCAAAAACCUGCCGGCUAUGGACAUGGAUACUAGAUCUAGUGACCCUUAUUGUAAAUUUAGGUUAGGUAAUGAGAAAUACAAAAGUAAAGUGGUAUGGAAGACACUGCAUCCAUCGUGGUUAGAACAGUUCGACUUGCAUCUCUAUGAUGACCAGGAACAAACGCUGGAAGUUACUGUAUGGGACAAGGACAAACAGACGAAAGAUGAUUUUUUAGGAAGAUGUGCAAUAGACCUGUCGAAAUUAGAACGAGAGAAGACACACAGCAUAUGGCAAGAAUUGGAGGAUGGUAAUGGUCAGAUCUUCCUCUUGCUGACCAUUAGUGGAACCACGCAGUCAGAAACUAUCACAGAUCUCACCAGUUACAAAGAAAACCCUAGAGAUAUUGAAAUAAUUGAGAGGAGAUAUGCGUGGCACCGCCUCAACGAAACUGUCAGUGGAGUAGGUUGGCUCUGUGUGAAGGUGUACGGAGCAAAAGGAUUGGCUGCAGCUGACUUGGGCGGCAAGUCUGAUCCGUUCUGCGUGCUGGAACUCGGCAACGCCAGGCUACAGACUCACACUGAGUACAAAACCUUAACGCCAAACUGGAUGAAGAUAUUCACUUUCACAGUGAAAGACAUAAGCUCCAUAUUAGAAUUAACUGUGUACGAUGAGGAUCACGAUCACAAGGUGGAAUUUCUUGGGAAAUUGGCGGUGCCACUUCUAAGCAUUAGGAACGGCGAGAAACGUUGGUUCGCAUUGAAGGAUAAGAAGAUGCGAGCGCGCGCGAAAGGGAACUACCCUCAAAUACUGCUAGAAAUGACUGUGAUAUGGAACCCGCUAAAAGCGGCUAUUAGAGCGGUAAAUCCGAAGGAACCCAAGUACAUGCACCAAGAAGCGAAGUUUAAACGACAAUUAUUUAUUAGGAAUGUGGUGAGACUGAAGGCUAUCAUAAUGUGGUUUAUUGAAGUUGGGAAGAUUUUACAAGAUUGUUUUGAAUGGGAGUCAAGACUGCUUUCGUUUUUCGGCGUGUUAAUUUGGCUGGCAUUUUGCUACUAUUAUGAAAUGUGGAUGUUACCCUUUCUUAUUCUCAUAUUCCUCGGAAGAAAUUGGCUCAUAUAUAGACUCACUGUUCGUAUAAAACAUUUGGCUCGUAGAUUUCGGAAUGAUCCGAAGGCCUACGUGUUACAUGUGUUUCGUAGAGGAAAUCCCUUACUAAACCCAGUUGAUGAUGAAGAUUUAUUAGCAGAAGAAGAUGAUGAGGAUGAAGCAGAUAAGGAGGAAAAGAAAUCUCUAAAAGAAAGACUGCAGGCAAUACAAGAAGUGACGCAGACAGUUCAAAACGCAAUUGGAUACGUCGCGUCGUUAGGAGAGGCUGUUAAAAACCUUUGCAACUUCACGGUGCCAUAUCUGAGUUAUAUAGCAAUAAUAAUGCUCUUUGGAGCAAUGUUAGUUUUGUACGUGAUACCAUUGAGAUAUUUACUUAUGGCGUGGGGUAUAAAUAAAUUUACAAGAAAAAUACUGCGGCCUCAUACGAUUCCUAACAAUGAGGUUCUUGAUCUACUAUCAAGGGUGCCAGAUGAUGAGAUUUUGCUCGACUGUCGAGAAUUAAAAACACAUUCCCCGAAUGAACACAGACGCGAUGCGAGGAAGAAGCACAAAGCAUCGUAACAUACCAUUACUCUUAUCAGGAGACGGGUUAAAACGUUUCUCUCGAAAAUAUUCUAUAGGAAACCAUGAAAAACAUCGUUGUACGCCUUACAGACAAGCUGCAUUUCAAAGCCAACUAUUUAUAAUCCAUUGGUACAUGUAAAAAACACAAAGAAAACAUGAAUUUUGCCUGCUGACCGAUUUGUUUGUUUCUUUAUGUGCACAACACG